GGCUUGCUAACUCGGCUGCUCUGGAGGAUUCACGCGAGGUACCUCUGAUGCAACAUGACCAGGUGGGCACGAGUUACUACCACACAUAAUAAGAGACCCUUGCCUGCAACAUCAUGGGAGGACAUGAAGAAGGGGUCCUUGGAGGGAACAAGCCAAAAUCGUAAACAACCUGAAGUCAAUAGACUGUCCCUUAAAAAUGUUGCACCCCAAGCAAAACAUAAAAAGAACAAAAAGAAGAAAGAAUACUUAAAUGAAGAUGUGAAUGGUUUCAUGGAAUACCUAAAACAGAACUCACAGAUGGUUCACAAUGGGGAGAUGAUAGCAAUGGACAGCCAGGAAGUAAGGGAAGAAAUUGCAGUUGCUUUAAAGAAAGACAGUCGACGGGAAGGAAGACGAUUAAAAAGACAAGCAGCAAAGAAAAAUGCAAUGGUAUGUUUCCACUGUAGAAAACCUGGCCAUGGAGUUGCAGAUUGCCCAGCUGCCCUUGAAAAUCAAGAUAUGGGCACUGGAAUAUGUUAUCGAUGUGGGUCCACAGAGCAUGAAAUAACCAAGUGCAAAGCUAAAGUAGACCCAGCUCUUGGUGAAUUUCCUUUUGCAAAAUGUUUUGUUUGUGGGGAAAUGGGGCAUCUGUCCCGUUCAUGUCCUGAUAAUCCCAAAGGACUCUAUGCUGAUGGUGGUGGUUGCAAACUUUGUGGUUCUGUGGAACACUUUAAGAAAGAUUGCCCUGAAAGUCAGAAUUCAGAUCGAAUGGUCACAGUUGGUCGCUGGGCAAAAGGGAUGAGUGCAGACUAUGAAGAAAUUUUGGAUAUGCCAAAACCAAAGAAAUCCAAAACAAAAAUACCUAAAGUUGUCAAUUUUUAAUAACGUUCAGUACCGUUGUUAAUUACUAUCACAUUGUUACUUUCCAAACUGGGCGUGCUUUACAAGUUAGGCUUCCUUAACCCCAAGAACAGUUUACUUCAUUCUGUCCAUCAAUGAGUACUUCUACCGCUGUUUGGAGAAAGUCACUGAAGAAAAGCACAAGAUGAUUAAAUUGGAUUCUCUAAAAGAACUUGUUUUUAAAGGAGAAAACUUAGAAAAAACUAAGUUAUAUAGUUGAUUUAUAUGUAUGUAUGUGUAUGUAUAAUAUAUACAUAUAUAUAAAACAAAAGCAUACUGCUUUGCAUUUGUGAAUGAAUUUUUGGUCAUAUUGUUUUCUUGGUGUAAAAUAUUAAUUUAUUAUUAUACCAGAAAUUUUUAAAUUGCCAUAA